AUUCCAUAAAACUACAAGGGCUAAGAAAUAAUUUGGGUUCAACUAAAAUAUUUACUCGGGAACGAUUUAGACCAACCAACUAUUAAGAGAGUAUUCUACAUUUGAACCAUGAAAACAAAAUAUAGUUUUGUCACAAAAUUACCGAAAUUAUCCAACUCAAGUAGAACCGUUUCAAUUUCAUAUAAUAUUUGUAAAGGGUAUUCAAAUUUUGUCAAUAAUUUCGCAUUGGAAUUACUAUCAUAUAGAGGUAAUCGGGGAAUAUUAAAUGAAUGACCUUUUGUUACUCAAGAUAAUUAUCUUGGUAUAUUGGUCGGUAAGCAUGUUUAGUAUUUGUCACUUUUGAAUACCCUGUCUUUUGUCUUUGUGCAUUUAGCAAAAGCAGCAACUAUCGUAAGAUAGUUUUUCAUGUGAUCUAACUAUAUAUAUAUAUAUAUGUAUCUAUAUGUCGAACUAUAUGUUUGUGUGUCGUUUGUUCUUGUAUCUCGUCUCAACUAUUGUAACGCUAACAGUGGCACAGCUGAUGCUCAGUGGAACCGGCCAUGGCCCGCGCGUGCCGAACAGCUACGAUGCGAACACGGUAUCCGAAUAUAUUGAGCAGCUCAAUCUAAAUGUACCCAAUCAGUCGCUGGUCAAGCUGCGUGAGCAGCGCGACUAUUUGCUUAAAUCUUUCAGUUCGCUGGUGAACAGCGAAUGGAAUUCGGUGCAGGAAUUCGAGCACAAGGAGCGCCAAGAGAAGUUCAAAAAGUUGUGCGCCACAGCUGCCGCCAGUUCGGAACGUGUUAUGGCAGAGGUGGCUCAAUUGCUGGAAGAAUCCGAAAAAGAGCUGCAGCAGUUUAGGGGUUUGCCAUUUGGUGGGGGAAUGCGUGCCGAGCAGUUCAUUGACGAUGCAAUUGUGGUGCCGUGCGCCCAGCAAAGACGCGAUAUGUCAGAAAUGGCAGCGUCAACAAUUCCCAUAACAAGAGCGCCAGGAUCAACAACAACAACAACAACACCACCUGACAGAAGAGCAACAGAAACAACAACGCCUGUUAGAAUUUGCAAUAUGCCGGCACGAAACAAAGCAACUAUUGCUGCGCCCCAAAAAACCUUGGAUCAGGCCAUACAACACAUCAGAAAUGUGCUCAAGAAUGCCGCAUCUGAAUAUGAACUAAAUGGUGGCCAACUGGAGCUUGCAACGGAUGCGGCAAUGCCAACAAUGACACCAAUGCCCAGCGAUGAGCAGCGACAACAAGAAUUUCCAGUACGUUGGCUAUCUGAGAAUUUUAUGCAGCUGCGCGAAAUGCGUAAGCUGCGCUCUUAUAAUCCCAGCGCAAUGCACGAGGAGCUGCCCUGGCCGGAUCUGGUAGACAAUCCGGUCUGGAUGUACAACAAACAGCCGCCGGUAUCAGCAAGGGCUUGGCUUGUGCCCACGGCGCCAGAGCAACAGCAAAUGCGGCGGCAGCAGCAGCAGCUGGAUCUGGGUCGGGACCAAGAUGAGGCAAUCAGCUUAGCUCCUUUACCGAGCCGGAUUGUACAAUCGCACAGUCAGUACACACCAGAUCGGGACAGAUUGCUGUCGGAUGUUCAGGACAGUGAAGCUGGUGCCACACCACUUGCCACCAGAAAUGUCGCACAACCAAUCUCCAACGUUGGCCUACUAUCCAUACCGACUGGCGAAAGUCAGGCAGCCAGCUUAACGGACGAAGGUCUGCAUACUUUGUGCCCACCGGUGCCAGUGGUAUCGCCCUUGCUGUUGGUGGAGAGAGGUGCUAUUGGUGGGGAUAACAAUGCCUCAAUGUCGCUGCCGUUGCGGUCACGUCAUGCGCUCGCAUCGUCCCUAUUGCAAGCGUAUCGCACCCAGUUGCCUGCCAUCGAUGAGGAGCAACAGAAUCAGCAACGAGUCACAACGCCGCGUUUGCUUGAAUUGAAUGAGGAUUACACGACAGAAACAGUAGCAGUAGCAGCAGCAGAAACAGUAGCAGUAGCAGAAACAGCAGCAGCAGGGCCAGCCACAGCGGAUCAAGCUGAUGCAAUUGCUCCCAAUACUCCAAGUUCAUUUGCGCCGCCAGCAAAUAUAACGCCACCAUUGACUCGUGAUUGGGCCUCAAUUUUUCGUCAACGCACAGAGCUUCCAAAUUAUGUACUCAGUCCUAGCUCAACAGCAACAACAACAACAACAACAACACCUCGACUACCGCCCAGGCGCCGCCGCCGACGCAGGCGUCCAGCGGCGGUAGCACAGACGCCCAGCGAUGAUGAGGUUAUGCUCGGAUUUUUGAAUAAUAUGUUCCAGGAAAGAUGGUCACAAAUAGAGCAACAAACGAUCGCAGUCGACGUGCCGCAUCAUGCGGAUGAAAUGCCAGCAGAAGUGCCGUUGCCGCUGCCGCCGCCAACAGAGCCAACAGCAACAGUCGUCACAGAGCCGCCGGCAUUACCCAUGCAGACCGAUGAGCUUCCCGACAGGUCAGCAGCAGCAGAAGGCAUAGAGCCGCAGGCAUUACCCAUGCAGACGGAUAAGCUGACGGAGAAGCUACCAGCAAUGUCAACAACAUCUGUAAAUUUGGCUGAUCUGCCGGAAAGACCGAUUGUGACUGCCAUUGAAGUUAUAUGCAAACCGCCCAGUGCAAUUUCAGAUGCUGGACAAUUAGUUAAUCGGACGGAAGUAAGCAGCACUGAUAGCCCGAUGUUGGUGGAAGCUGAUCAAUGUGCGGGAAUGAGCCAGUUUACCAGAUCGGAACGCGUAGAACGUGAGCUUCGUGAAGAUCUAAGCUUUUUGGUGGAACACAAGCACUUGCUGCGUGUCAUGGUAGAUCAAACUAAGCACUUGAGCGAUAAACAGCAGCGUGAAGAUCAGCAACGAAAUUAUCAAUCGCUCGCCAACCGAUCCCAUCCAACGGAUGAUACCGAUGAGAACGGGCAAGCACAGAACAUUCGGUAUAUCGCAUUGCCUGCAAUAUACACAUACGAUCCGCAAAUGAUCUUGGAAAUGCCCGAGUGGAAGCCUCGUGUUGUGCACAAUCUAAUCGGAGCAUUGAUCCGAAACGACCAGAUUGAUAUGCGUGCGACUGGAUUCAUCGAGACGCGCAUGGAGGCAGCAUUUGCUUUUCGUGUGCUCCUCGAGCUGAAGGCAGCCAAUAUAAUUAGUCUAAGUCCCGAUGCGCGCUAUGCCUCGCUUCUUUAAGUCGUCUAAAUGACGUACUUUGACUUUGGAUUUCAUAUAUAUAUAUAUUUGUUUAUAAAUAUAAAAAAGAAAAGAACUAAAAAAAUAUUAAGAGCUCAGGACGAGCCUUGCAUAUAUAAGAUAGAUGUCGACUGGAUUUCGAUUGGAUUUG